GAUGCUUUGAUACAAGUCAAUAAAGUUUGUUGCAAAUUUUAAAGAUUCUAAAAUGGGUGAACUCUCAGACCAAGUACCUCUUCUGUUGAGAAAAGAAGAUGAAUUUGAUUAUCUCAAUAAGACACCACUUUGGGUAUCAUCAACGAAGUUGAUUCUCAAAGUAAUAAUGUGGAUGAUCUACAUUGCAUGGGCAAGUUUUCUUUUCUUGUUGCCUAUAAAAUUCAUUAAUGAACUGCAAGAGAAAUUUAUUCGAGCCACACAAGGAACUAUUUUUGGGACUACAGGCAGCACAUUCUUGAUAUUCAGUCUCCCAAUUUUCUUGAUUGCAUUUCUUGCAACUAUUCGUCUCGUUCUCUCUGGUGAAGAUGAACCUCAAUUGAAGAAGAAUGCAAAAGGUCCAAAAUUUAGGUUAUGGACAUUUCCAGUUUUGGUGGAUGGACCAUUCGGUGUUGUUACAGCUGCAGAAAUGAUUGGAGUUAUACUCUUCUCAGUGUACAUCGUCUGGACUGUAACUAUGUACACCAUACGGAACAUUGACCUCUUAUCCUUGUUUCAUGUACACGACAUGAAAGAGAAUAGUGCUGUGUUGCUGAAGCUAGGCCUUUGUUUUGGAUUCAUUGCAUUAAUCUGCUUAGCACUUUUGUUUUUGCCUGUUGCACGGGGUUCAGUUCUUCUUCGAGCUAUAGAUAUCCCUUUUGAACAAGCCAUUAGAUAUCAUGUUUGGCUGGGACAUCUUACUAUAGCUCUUUUUACUCUUCACGGUCUGUGCUUUGUGAUUCGCUGGGCAACGCAGGGGCGACUCGUUGAAAGACUAGUCAACUGGAAAAACGUAGGAGUAGCAAAUCUUCCAGGAGUUAUCAGCCUCACAGCUGGUUUAUUGAUGUGGGUAACUUCACUUCCUGGAGUAAGGAGAAAAAACUUUGAAUUGUUCUUCUAUACACACCAAUUGUAUGUGGUGUUUGUGGUUUUCCUAGCCUUGCAUGUUGGUGAUUUCAUCUUCAUGAUAGCUGGUGCUGGGAUCUUCCUGUUCAUGCUUGAUCGGUUCCUUAGAUUCUUUCAGUCGCGACAGACAGUUGACAUACUUUCAGCCACAUGCUUUCCUGGUGGAACCGUUGAACUCGUUAUUUCAAAACCUGCAAAUUUACAUUACAACGCCCUUGGCUGGAUAUUCUUACAAAUACGCGAGUUGUCCUGGCUGCAGUGGCACCCUUUCAGUGUCUCCUCUAGUCCCCUUGAUGGGAAACAUCAUAUUGCAAUUCUCAUAAAGGUUCUUGGAGAUUGGACCGAAAAACUGAAGGGGAACAUCUUGAAUCUUUCUGUAGAACAAUCUGAUAAGGCGCCCCUUUUGCAGCAUAACAGGAAAAUAACAGCUUCUAUCGAAGGCCCUUAUGGCCAUGAAUCACCAUACCACUUAACGUAUGAAAAUCUCAUUUUGGUAGCAGGUGGAAUUGGAAUUUCCCCCUUCCUAGCUAUCCUGAGUGAUAUCCUCCACCGUAUCAAUGAUAGCAAACCUUGCCUGCCAAGAACUAUACUAAUAGUAUGGGCGAUUAAAAAUUCGGAUGAGCUUCCACUUCUGGAUACAGUUAACAUGGAGGCAAUCUGUCCACUUUUCUCUGAUAAACUGAAUCUCGAGAUUCAAACAUUUGUGACUCGGGAAUCACAGCCUUCAUUGGAGGAGGGUAAAACACCUGAAGCAAUGCACACCACAAUCUCCCCUGGCUUCAAGGGAUGUCGAAUGUCUAGUUUGGUUGGUACUGGAAGUGUUGUAUGGUCUGGAUUAUAUAACAUAGUAUCCACAAUAGGGUUGGUCAUCAGUGUAACAUUGUUGGACAUUUUCUACAUAAAUCCAUUCAAUGUAAAUUACUGGUGGUACAAGGGGCUUUUGUUGAUUGGAUGUAUGGCUGCAAGUGUUCUUAUAUUUGGGGGUCUCGUGAUCGCUUUGUGGCAUCUUUGGGAAAGGAAAACCUCAUCGAAUGAGGAAUCAGAGGAUGCCACGAAAAAGACUGACAUCUUGCAGCAGAAUGAGGCCUCUUUACCCAGGAAUUCUGGAGAGGCUCAAUUUCUCAAUAAUAUUCGAUAUGGUCGAAGACCGAAUUUCCAAGAUAUAUUUGGAUCACAUGCAAAGAGUUGGGGAAGUGUAGAUAUUGGUGUGAUAGUGUGUGGUCCCCCAACGCUUCAGUCCAGUGUUGCUAAAGAGUGCAGAAGGCAAAACUUCCUGAGAAAAGGCCAUCAGGCGAUUUUCCAUUUCAACUGCCAUAAUUUUGACCUCUAGACCACCCCAGCAAGCCUGGGCGGAGCUAGGGUUCGUCAAAAGUUACAUCUUACAAAGAAGGUUAAAAUUAUUUUUUAUGUAUAUAUCGUAGAUGAUCAAUCCCCUUGGAUUCUUCGUAUGUUUUUUUAUAUUUUGAAUCCCCUUAGUAAAAUUCUGGCUCCGCCAAUACUAGUAUGCAUCCGAUAGCUCAUGUAAGGAGUACUUUUUACUGCUCUAAUGGGAAAAAGGAUCAUAAAGUUAGCUAGGUCCUUGUCGCAUGUAUCUGUGCUUUAUGGUAUAUGUAGUAAGCAUCUUGUACA